AUGCCGACCAAAAUUGAUCCCCCAAAUUCAAACAUGAUGCUCUCUCUUGUCUCUCCAAAUAUUGCCAGCAUACCCGUCAAGGCUGACUACUCUUUGCUCGCCAAGGACCUCUUUCAAGUCACCCGUCAUUUCGUGCUCAUUGGCGUCGAAGACAGGACCAACGACGGCUUGACCACGGUGGAAAAGUUCGAGAGACCCAGGGCUUGCGAUAUUCGGUUUGCGACGCUGCCCAACACUGGCCAGCAGAGACAAGGAGGAUGGUCUUCUCUCGAGUUUCCUUUGGAACCUUGUGAAAAGAUUCGGACGUUCAAAUUGGAUGAGACAAAUGGAUUGUUGGCUGUCGUUACUUGGUUCGACGAGCCCGUGUCCGAGGAAGGGAAAUUACGAAUGCGCCUCCGAAUAACGCGAUUUCCCAAGUUAGUGCUCUUGCCAGGCGCCGCGAUUCAAGAGUUUCCUUUCGAGAUAACGGCCCGCGACAAUGAAUCCUCGCCUGACGCCUGGGUUGAUAUUUACGAAGAUCUUAUUGGGAUUCGCCUUCAUGAACUAGAGGAGUCGACCCUUCGCGUGUAUGAUUGGAAGACAGGGUUGUGCAGAUUAGAAGACCGUUGCUCCAGGGGCUCACAAGGAACCUCCUUUGUUUUCCUCCAAGCUGACACCAUCGCCGUCGCCUGUCGCAACAGCGCCGCGGUGAACCUUCUAACAAUCCCAGAGAGAGGCUUUGCCACCGCGACGCCGCCUUACCCAAAGCUUACUGCAGCCAUCCGGACGCUCAAGAUAUGGCCAGACAUCCUACCACCCCUAACCCAAAAUAGCGUGUAUACUGCUUAUCCCCAGCAGCUUACCCCGCCACCAGAGGGCGAGCUAGACAUCAUCUUUCCCUCUGUCAACUGCUUCUCUUCUAUCGACUCCAAUAUCGUUAUUGUCAACGUCGUCGCGUCUGGGCAGUCUACAGACAUCGCCAUUCAUCGUGAAACCUUACGCUCCUUCUCGGCUAGCACACCGCCGUUGUUCCCGAGUAUGUCUGUUGAGCAGUACGUCGGAGAUACAGAUGGUGUAGGGCGGGUGAUCAUUCCGUGGGAGGAGUGGGGUGAGGGGACCGUCGCCUCAGGAUCCACGACUUUGGUAGUUGGUGGGGUGCCGGACCGCAGCCUACUGGGAGCGGGGGCAAGGUAA